GUGAGAGAAAGAGAGAGAGCGCGAUACACAGACAUCCAGCCAGAGGAGGAGAGAUUCUAAGAGCAGUGAGGCAGGCUGUGCGUCAGCCGGCGCUCCAUAGGGAAACAUGGAGACGAGCAGGAGAUGCUGAAAAGGACAGAAGACACCAUCACAGCAUCCUAUAGAUGGAUGUUUGAUCAAGCGGGUAACCUGCAGGCAACCCACGCAGAGGAUAAACCACUUAUGGACGCAGUGGAUUAAAGACCUACGGACAGACUGCGAGGAAGAGGGGGAUACAGAGGAGGAGAAAUUAAUUAAUUCACUUGUUUAUUGCCGCUGCGUGUGCGCAUUUCCUGUCAGAAAGCGUGUGUGCGCGUGUGUGUUCUUGCGGAGUGUGUGCGUGCACAAGGCAGGAGACUGCAUUGCUGCUCUCCAGCACCACAGGACGGAGAGAGAAGCGGCCGAGCAGAUUAGCCUUUAUGUGAUUCCUUCUCCCGUCUCUGCUCAUCUCUGCGUGCGUGUCUUCAUUUCCUGUGCGAUCACACAAGGAUCCGCGUGUGACUGAAGGAUGAGUGUAGAAAGUUGAAGAUAAACCUGAAGUGAGCCACAGAUUCAGGGUCUGACUCGAAAUGAUCUUGUGUUCGUCUGAUCAUGAGGACAUAAAGAAAAAACUAUUUCUCAGGAGGUGAGUCUUUUUUUUUCACCACUGGGGCCCAGCGCUGGUUGGGGUGGCUUCUAUACUGGAAGCUUGGAGGCUUGAAGGGCUGCCACCAAGGAGACUGCUCGCCUCUAUACCCCAGAGAGGUGGAGGCAUCAUCAGGUAGGAGGCAGCGGAACAAGUGGGCCCGAGUAUAAAGCAGGAGAGAAGUAGGAGGAAGAGCUGCUGCGUUUGCGUCGUAGAACGUGUAGGAGCUGCCUGAUGGUUUCCACUCCUGCUGGCUGAGGAUAAUGGGAGUUGUGGGCCCACUCUUCUCCUCACUCACCUGCAUCUGCCACAGAGAAUCGGGGAACUGCCAGUGGAGGCUACAAGGAGCCCACCAGGAGGAUGGUGUGAACCAGCUCACACGACCCUUUCCCACCACACCGGGAGACCCCUGACACCCUGUGAGGGGCCACACUUGGUGCUCACCUUGUUCCUCUUUUCUCCUCGCCAGCUGAGAGCAGAGGGUGGCGGUUUUUGCUUUGUGUGGGAGUUAUCUCCCUCUCCCUCCCACUCUCUCCAACCUCCAAACUCAGCUCAAUGGAUUGGUUCUAGCAGCAACCUGUCCUUUUUUUCCUUUCCUUUUCUUUUUCUUUUGUUUCUGUUUUUGUCGAGGCUUCAGGGGAAUUGCCGAGACCUGUUUCAUGCAUGUCCACUGGCGGCAGGUUCAACUUUGAUGAUGGGGGGUCAUACUGCGGAGGGUGGGAGGAGGGCAAGGCACACGGCCAUGGGAUCUGCACGGGGCCCAAGGGCCAGGGCGAGUACUGCGGGUCCUGGGCCCACGGCUUCGAGCUGCUGGGCGUCUACACGUGGCCCAGUGGGAACACCUACCAGGGUACCUGGGCUCAGGGCAAGAGACACGGUGUGGGUGUGGAGAAUAAAGGCCGCUGGGUGUAUAAGGGCGAGUGGACGCACGGCUUUAAGGGACGCUACGGUCUACGGGAGAGCACGGGGACGAGCGGGAAGUACGAGGGGACGUGGACCAACGGACUGCAAGAUGGAUAUGGAACAGAAACAUACUCCGAUGGAGGAACAUUUCAGGGCCAGUGGGUUGGUGGCAUGCGUCACGGCUACGGGGUUCGUCAGAGCGUCCCGUACGGCAUGGCAGCCGUCAUCCGCUCCCCACUUCGCACCUCCAUAAACUCCCUCCGCUCUGGUUCCGAGCACAGCAACGGUACAGCGCUGCUGGACCGAACCGGGGCGGUGGUUCCUGGUCCUCCUACCGUCCCCGGCACCCUGACCACCAGUGUCUCCAUGUGCAGCACAGGCAGCAGCGGCAGUAGCCCUGCUGUGUCUCGUGGAGGUUUUGUGCUGACCGCACACAGCGAGGCUGAGUUGCUGAAGGGAAAGAGGAAAGGUGGACUCUUCAGGAGGUCCAUUCUGUCGGGGCUCAAGCUGAGGAAGUCGGAGUCCAGGAGCUCUCUGGCCUCACAGAGGUCUAAACAGAGCUCGUUCAGGAGCGAGGCUGGGAUGAGCACAGUGUCCUCUGCUGCAUCUGAUAUCAACUCUACUAUAAGUCUUGGUGAUGCGGACGCAGAGCUGGCAGUCGCAGAUGAUGAUGUGGACGCCACAGCAACGGAGACCUACUGCGGGGAGUGGAAGAACGACAAGCGGACGGGAUUUGGCAUCAGUCGGCGAUCCGACGGGCUCCAGUACGAAGGGGAAUGGCUCAGCAAUAAGCGUCAUGGCUACGGCUGCACCGCGUUUCCAGACGGCACGAAAGAGGAAGGGAAGUACAAGCAAAACAUCUUGGUCAGCGGGAAAAGGAAGAACCUCAUCCCCCUCCGGGCCAGUAAGAUCAGAGAGAAGGUGGACCGAGCCGUGGAGGGAGCCCAGAAGGCCGCUGACAUAGCCCGGCAGAAGGCUGAAAUCGCUCUGUCUAGGACGGCUCAUGCGCAGGGUAAAGCAGAGGCGGCGGUAGGAGCAGCUCAGAAGGCCCAGGAGGAGAGUCGCAUGGCCAGGGUCACUGCCAAGCAGUUCUCCCCGUCCUUCCAGCACCCAGGAAACGGUAUGGAGGUGCAGCGCCCCAAGCGUCAGGUGUCCAGCGAAGUAGAGGGGGAGGGUCUGUCGAGUAGCGCCGGCACGGCUGACAGCCCCGACCUCUACGGGAAGAGUGCAGCCUCUGAUGACCCCUCCAAUGAUGCGGCCACCCCUGACCUCAGCCCCCCUUCUUCCUCACCUCCUCACACCCCGCCGCCUCCCGCCCGCCCGACCCAGCGCAGCAAGAGCGCCCGCUUCCACCGGCAGACGGCUGUUGAUCAUGGAGACAGAGGAAAAGAGGGAGGUGAAAAGAGUGAGAAGAGUGGGGGAGGAGGCCUAACUGAAAUCCAAGUGUUGAUGGAGGGAGGCGGUGGUGGAGGUGACGCUGGAGGAGGAGGGAAAGGGGACUAUCCACGGGCUAACAGCUGGAGUGAGGACAAGAGGAGAGGGAUGCUGUCAAAAUCAGGAGGUGGGGUCAGCGGACGUGGGGCCGGUCGGACCAACGGACACAAACACAGCGCAUCCAAUCACAAGUCACGGGAGCAUGGGUCGUCCAAUCAUAGACAGGCCAGAGGGGACAGGUGGACAGAGUCAUCCUCGUCUGCUUCUUGGACAUCUGGACACAGAGGCGUGCACGGCAGGGGAGGCCGACUGCUGGAGCAGGACGAGGAGAAGAUUAGCAACUAUGAAAUGGAGAUGAAACCUUUACAGCCCAGAGACUCCACUACCCAUAAGCCCCAUGGGCACGGGGACGAGAGGCAUGGUCACGGGCACGGAGAGGGGCGUUCACACACCGUUCAGCGACAGAGACAUAAGAACCGCGAUGCAAGGGAGGGGAAAGAUGGGGGGAAGGAUUCGGGGCACAAGCUGGACAGAGCAGGGGAGAAGAUGGACUCACGGCCCCUACGCAGAGAUCUCACCCUGUCCCCUCCUCUGAGGUCCUCCCCCAUCGUACCUGAGCAGCAGGAGCACACCCUCAUGCAGAGUAAAAGCAACUCGGCCUACAGCGCUGUCCUGGUUGUCAUGGUGAUUUUGCUCAACAUCGGAGUGGCUAUUUUGUUUAUUCACUUUUUUAUUUAAAGACAGCACUGCUUUCAGAGUCAGCCUAUCUAUGCUACAACAACUAUACAUUCAUAUGAGUAUUAUAAUAAAUCUUCUGCCCCCUACGUAUUCCUGGUGAGAUUACUGCAAUCUGCAACUGACUGAAGGACUGGGCCGAGCGGGACGACGCUGCCAGUCUGGCCAAAGGUGGACAAUAAGCUCAGCUCGAGUUCAGUCGACACGGAGGAAAUGCAGAAGUGCAAAGCCUGGAAGAAGAUGGAAAAGGGGUGAACCGGUCCAGGUAGCUGGACUACAGGGAGACAUCAUAGUCCAGAAUCUGGACUCAAGAGAGCUUCACUCAUUCACAUAUAAACUGGAUUGGGCUGAACCAGUGGGACUCUCAGGCCACGAGAGAGGCAGCUGGCAUUACAGCUAAGAUGUCUGCUUCCACGAGCUGCAGACAGGACUGACAGGACAGACGUUUUCAUCGUCAAACCAUAGUUUUCAACAGAUUUGUAACUUCUAAUUUAUUUAUUAACAUGUUCUCUCAUGUACAGUAUGCUGAUGGCUUUAUUCUUUACUUUGAAACCCCCCCACACCUCUCUAUAGAGCUCUUGCCUUUUGGUUCCUCCAGCUGCUUAUCAGUUGUUACUGAUGGUCCAAGGCCUGCCACAGUGUGUGUAUGUGCUGCUGGAGCUGAUAGGUGUGUGAUGCCAUGCUUGAUGGCUGCCUGUCCACACACACAUUCAUUCUUGUGCUCUGGCUUUAACAUUAGCCUCUUCUAAUUAUUCAUCUUGUGUGGGGAGUGCUAAAGGUUACUUGUGUUUUUUGUGCAUGUGUGUGUGUUAGUCACAGGGUUCUAUGUUUUUCCCAUUGUGUGUGUGUGUGUGUGUGUGUGUGUGUGUGUGUGUGUGUGUGUGUGUGUGUGUUUGUGUGUGUGUGUGUGUGUGUGUGUGUGUGUGUGUGUGUGUGUGUGUGUGUGUGUGUAGGGGGAGACUGAUAACUCUCUGGCCUUUCAUGCUGUUAG